AUGGCAGACAAAGAGGAUCCCAAGAAAGGGAAGAAGAGCAAAGGGAAGAGCCAGGAGGUGUGCGGCUACCCGCUCAGCAUCUUCUUCAUUGUUGUCAAUGAGUUCUGCGAGAGAUUCUCCUACUAUGGCAUGCGAGCUGUCCUGGUGUUGUACUUUAAGUACUUCCUGAAGUGGGACGAUGAUCUGGCCACCUCCAUCUAUCACACUUUUGUGGCCCUUUGCUACCUGACCCCUAUACUUGGGGCCAUUGUAGCUGACUCCUGGCUUGGAAAGUUCAAGACGAUCAUCUAUCUGUCCAUCGUCUAUGCAAUCGGGCAGGUUGCAAUGGCUGUCAGUGCAAUUCAUGACAUCACCGACACAGACAGAGAUGGAACACCGGACAACAUGACUUUCCAUGUAGUCCUGGCCAUGGUCGGUCUCUUCCUCAUCGCUCUGGGCACUGGAGGAAUCAAACCUUGUGUUGCUGCCUUUGGUGGAGACCAGUUUGGUGACCAUCAGGAAAGGCAAAGGAGAACUUUCUUCUCUGUCUUCUAUCUCUGCAUCAAUGGAGGAAGUCUCCUAUCAACCAUUAUCACCCCGAUCCUCAGAGGUCAGGAUUGUGGCAUUUACACUCAGCAGAAGUGUUACUCUCUGGCCUUUGGCGUCCCUGCAGCGCUAAUGGUGGUUGCACUCGUGGUGUUCAUUGUUGGAAGUGGGAUGUACCACAAAACUAAACCUCAGGGAAACAUCAUGCUUGAUGUGUGCAAAUGUAUCGGGUUUGCCAUCAAAAACCGCUACAGGCACAGAAGCAAACAAUACCCCAAGAGGGAGCACUGGAUGGACUGGGCCGAGGAAAAAUACGACAAACUCCUCAUUGCUCAAAUCAAAAUGGUCCUGAAGGUUCUCUUUUUGUACAUCCCACUCCCAAUGUUCUGGACUCUGUUCGACCAAAAGGGUUCCAGAUGGACUCUGCAAGCAACUACCAUGGAUGGAAACUUCGGUGCUCUUGUUAUUCAGCCUGAUCAGAUGCAGACUGUCAACCCCAUCCUAAUCCUGACUCUGGUGCCGAUCAUGGACAGCUUGAUCUACCCUCUGAUCAAAAAAUGUGGCCUGAACUUUACACCUCUGAAAAGAAUGACAGUGGGGAUGUUGCUGGCAGCCAUCGCCUUUGUCUGCGCUGCUUUGGUUCAGAUUCAAAUUGAUAAAACUUUGCCAACCUUCCCGUCAGCCUCCCAGAGUCAGCUGAAGUUACUGAACAUGGGCACGACUACAGUCAAAGUCAGCUUACCCGGCAACAACCCUCUGGACCUUCCUGCUGCUUCAGCCACAACAGAAUUCUUCUCAUUCACUCAAGAAAAUAUCAGUGUUUCUAUCAGCACCACUCCAGUGACUACUCAAAAUAUUUCUUUGAUCAAGGAGAAAAGACAAACACUUCUGAUCCCAUCAGAUCUCCAUGAUGAAUGGCUGUUGACUGAAGAUUUAACUUCCAAGCCGGAAGAGGGAACCAAUGAAAUCAGAUUUAUCAAUGGAAUGGCAAUGGCGGUGAAUGUAACAUCUUCCAAAUUGAAUUUAAUGGUAGAGCCAUCAUUUUACUCCAAUUACUCCCAGAUUGGAUACGGAAAGACCGUGUUUACUAUAACGGCUGGUUCAAAGUCAUGUGAAUUCAGAAGAGAGUUUGGAUUUGGAAGUUCAUUCCAAUUCUUUAUUCCCAGCACGCUGGUGUUUGGAGAGAGUUGUGACUCUAUUACUGAGGUGCAAGAUAUUGAACCCAACUCGGUUCACAUGGCGCUCCAAAUCCCACAGUACUUCUUCAUCACUGCUGGUGAAGUGAUGUUUUCUGUCACUGGUCUGGAAUUCUCCUACUCACAGGCACCAAGUAACAUGAAGGCUGUGCUGCAAGCAGGAUGGUUGUUCACUGUUGCAAUCGGCAACUUCAUUGUACUGAUCGUGGCAGAGCUUGCAAAGAUUCCUGAACAGUGGGCCGAGUUCGUCCUGUUUGCCUCUCUCUUGCUGGCAGUAUGUGUCAUCUUCUCCAUUAUGGCCUAUUUUUACACCUACAUCGACCCAACAGAAAUUGAAGCCCAGUUCAAGAAAAAAGGUGAUGAAGAUGAGAAGGAUGAUAAAAGUGAGCAAAAGAAGUUAGAAGCUGAGAUGACAAGAAGAGGCUCAAUACAAAGUCAAGAUAGAGACGAAAAAGCUGCACAGACAAAAAUGUAAACAGCAGGUGAAGAAUACUGCAGUGUUAGAUCAUGUUUAGUAUCGACGGGAAGUUGUUCUGACAUACUGUUUGUGUUUUGGUGUGAUUGAACGUUUUUCAAACUAAAGAUGAGUACAGAGAGAAAAGGCAGGCGUCCAAAUAAGGGAAAAAAACUAUUUUGGGUCAGUUGUUUAUGUUGUUGCUUUUUUAGGUGAGCUUUAGGUUGAGGUUAGCCCGUUGUGCUCAGAAAAUGAAUGUAAAUCUAUAGCUUGCUGUUCCCUACAGUCACUUUUUAAGGUUAAGGUUCAUUUAUGCUCAACGUUUGAACCGUAUACAGAUACAGACGGAGCUUUCUGUCUGUGCCCUGCCUUCAUUGCGUCUGUUUUUGUCUGUUCUCUCUGAGCUUACGGGUUAAACAUUGCAAUACCACCACCAAUCGUGGGGCAGGGUUGAGCAAUGCGGCAAACAGUUUAAUCCAGAGUCAAUAGUAAACGCCAAGAAGAAAGAAAGAAGAAACAUUUGAAAGAACUUAAUAAAGCUUUCAGAGGAAAUAUAAACGAAUAAUGAGUUAGAUAUUAGAAAAUACGAACAUAUCAAUGAUGUUAGCCUAGCUUAGCAUAGGACGAACAAUUGGACAAACCCUGUGUGACGUCAGCCGUCUGCUUACAAUACGUGGACUCAAACAACUCUUGAAGCCAAUCCGCGGCGGCUUCCAUAUUAAAAUCGCUGUCUCAACCAAACUUUGGAUCGACCUAACGGCCCAUCCACUAAGCACGACUUCCUGUCAGCUAGCUAGCAUUCUGGUUGACAGAAACGGAGCCUCUGCCGGUCAAGCUAUCUGUCAAUCAAA